AUGCCGGCCACCGAGACCGUCGACCCCAUGAUGUCGCUGGUCGAGCUCGGCAUCGAUUCCAUCAUGGCCGUCGACCUCCGUACCUGGUUCCUCAAGGAGCUCGACGUCGAUGUGCCGGUGCUGAAAAUCCUGAGCCCCGGCGAGACGGUCAAGUCCCUCGCCGAGGAGGCCAUGGCGAAGAUCCCCGCCGAAAUCGUUGACCUCAGCAAGCUGGCAGAGGGCUCUGCCGACGUCAGCGGUGCACCGGCUCCUGCUGCGGUUCAGCCCGUCCAGCCUGCCCCUGUCCCUGUCCCUGUCCCUGUUACUAAAAAGGCCAUUGACCAGGUGAGCGAGGCCAGCGGUGUCAGCGCCACCACACCCUCCACGCGUGCCGAGACGGACGCGAGCAGCUCCCCCGCCCUGGUCUCUACGCCCGGUACCUCGUUGGAGAGACCCGACCAGGAGGAAGACAAGCAGUUGUUCCAGCCUCCUCCGAGACCCAAGCCCACGACUCUUCAACAUCGCCUACCUCGGCAAGCUUACUGGGCCGGCUCCGCGUCAACGACCUCGCCAAAGCCGUCGAGAAGGGCCGCCCAGCGCCAUGAGACCCUGCGCACCCGCUUCUUCUGGUCCACCGACGACAGCCGGACCCCCAUGCAGGGUAUCCUCUCGCAGACCCUCGUGCGCCUGGAGACCGCCACCAUCGAGACCGAGGCGCAGGCCUCCGAGGAGCUCGAGGCCAUGCGCAAGUACGAGUGGAACCUAGGCGACUGGGUGCCGCUGCGCAUCAAGCUUCUCACGCUCUCCGAGACGUCGCACUACCUGAUCCUCGGCUCGCACCACAUCUCCAUGGACGGCCACAGCUUCAGCGUCUUCCUGCUAGACAUCCACCAAGCCUACAACAACCCCGCCCGCCCCCUCCCCCCCAUGCCAUCCACCUCGCAAGCGCGGGCCUUCGGCGCGCACCAAAUCGCGGCCUAUGAAAGCGGCCAGAUGCGCCCCGCCAUCGAGCACUACAAGACAACCCUCCCAGCGGCCGACCUGGCCCGCCCCAUCGAGCUGUUCCCCUUCGCGCGCACUAAAGUGCGCCCGCCGCUCGACCGCUACGGCACCCACGUGGCGCGCGCGCACCUCGGCCCGGACACGACGGCCAAGCUCAAGACGCUCGCGCGCGGCCGCCGCGCCACCUCGUUCCACGCGUACCUGGGCGCGCUGCAGGCGCUGCUGUUCCGUCUCUUGCCUGCGGAUACCACCGAGCGCGUGUACAUUGGUAUUGCGGAUGCGAAUAGGCUGGAUAGCCGGUUCGCGGCGAGCGUGGGGAAUUUCUUGAAUGUGUUGCCGUUGAGGUUUGACCGUGAUGCGGCGACGUUUGGGCAGGCGAUCGAGACAGCAAGGGACAAGGCGAGGGAUGCGCUCAAGCACUCGGCACUGCCGUUCGAUUUGCUGCUGGAUGAGGUCGGGGUGCCGCGGUCGCCUACGCCACGCUGCUGA